GUCAGGGCCUUUGGAAUGGGAGUUUUUUCACACAUCCCUUAUUUAUCAUCCCAGAUGCAAAUGGCAACUACCUUGCCCCAGCUCUUGCAGGUUUCUACACAUUCCUGACAAUGAUCAUCCUUUUACAGGUCUUAAUCCCCAUCUCCCUCUAUAUAUCGAUUGAACUGGUCAAGUUGGGUCAAGUCUUCUUAAUUCAUAAUGAUAUUGACUUGUAUAAUGAAGAGCAAGAUUUGCCCAUACAGUGCCGAGCACUCAAUAUUACUGAAGACCUGGGACAAGUUCAGUAUAUCUUCUCUGACAAAACAGGAACACUGACAGAGAACAAGAUGGUAUUUCGACGAUGUACAAUUAAUGGGAAAGAAUUUUCACAUCAGGAAAAUGCCAAGCGGCUGGAUUCUUACAAGGAAAUCGAUUCAGAGAAUGAAGACUGGAAAAAACAUUUGAGCCUCCCUUCCAAAGUGGGAGAAACAACUACAGUAACACAGAGAAACAACACUAGGCCUUUGCAAAGAUGUCAAAGUGCUCGGCCCCAUUUUCAGGGACAUGCAAGAAAGAAAUAUCUGGGUCUUUGGGGAAAUGCUCCAUCUCAGGUGGCAUUUAGCAGCACCCUUGAGAAGGAUGUGACCCCUGAUAACAGGCUGUUGAUGAAAAUGAAGAACCUAUCAUGCCAGCCAGAAUCUUUGACAUCCUUUACAGCUGGAGAGACCACCUGCUUCAUCACAGACUUCUUUCUUGCUCUGACCCUCUGUAACACUGUGGUGGUCUCCACAGCAACUGAACCAAGGCAAAGGGUUACGACUCCAUCACUGAUGAAGCAGUCAGGACUUUCCUUGGAGAAAAUUCACCAGCUGUUCCAGUGGCUGAAGUUGGCAAGCCUCAGCCAGACAUCCGUUCAAUCAAGUUCAGACUUAGGGGAGAGUGUUAACACAGAGAGCGGCAGUGUCCCUGCUGAAUCAAAAAUGAAAGAUGAAUGUCCUACCCAAAGCUGUUCUAGCUUAACAGAUGACGAGAGUCUUAGAAGGGAGUACUUCAGUGAGAAUGACCUCUGUGGGGUUUCAGAUCCCUCUCUAAAUGAGAGGAGCUUUGCAGGCAGAGACCGCAGGCCUUUGCAGGAAGAAUUUUGUUAUGAAGCUGAAAGCCCAGAUGAAGCAGCUCUAGUCCAUGCAGCCCAUGCCUACCAGUUUACAUUAGUCUCCAGGACUGCUGAACAAGUGGCUGUGAAGCUGCCAGAAGGGACUGUCCUGACCUUUGACCUCUUGUUCACACUGGGUUUUGAUUCCAGCAGGAAAAGGAUGUCGGUGGUAGUGAGGCAUCCCCUCACCAAAGAAAUCAUAGUCUAUACCAAAGGGGCAGAUUCGGCCAUAAUGGAUCUAUUGGAAGACCCUACCAGAGCUAGUACGGCCAUGGAAAAAAGGAUAAGAAGAGUAAGAACACAAACACAAAAACAUUUAGAUCUGUAUGCACGUGAUGGUCUGAGAACUCUAUGCAUAGCAAAGAAGGUUUUAAGUGAAGAUGAGUUUCAAAAAUGGCUCAACUUUCGUCAUGAGGCAGAAACAGCUAUUGACAACAGAGAUGAACUAUUAAUGGAAGCAGCACAACAUCUGGAAAGUAAACUCACUUUAUUAGGAGCAACAGGAAUUGAAGACCGGUUGCAAGAAGGAGUGCCUGAUACCAUUGCUGCCUUCAAAGAAGCUGGGAUCCAGACAUGGGUACUAACUGGAGAUAAGCAGGAAACAGCUAUCAACAUUGCCUAUUCUUGCAAACUUCUAGACCAAAGAGACACUGUCUUUACCAUUAAUACAGAAAGUAAGGAAACUUGUGAAUCACUGCUGGAUAUCAUGUUGGAAGAAGUGCAGAAGGGUCAAGUAAUUCCCAGAAAAAUGUGGAGUAUUUUUGGCUUUAAGCUGCCAUUUUCUUUGUCAACCACAGGACUUCCAAAUCCAAUUAUUGGACUGGUAGUUGAUGGGAGAGCUCUCAGUACUAUUUUCCAAGGGCAACUUGAGCAAAAGUUUCUUCAACUAACAAAAUAUAGCCACUCAGUUUUGUGCUGCCGAUGUACUCCCUUACAGAAAAGCAUGGUGGUCAAACUUGUACGGAAUCAGUUGAAAAUGUUGACCCUUGCAGUAGGUGAUGGUGCAAAUGAUGUAGGUAUGCUUCAGGCAGCUGAUGUUGGAAUUGGCAUUUCUGGACAAGAAGGUAUGCAGGCUGUCAUGGCCAGUGAUUUUUCUGUAUCUCAGUUUAAACACCUCAAGAAGUUGCUUCUAGUUCAUGGACACUGGUGCUAUUCUCGCUUGGGAAAGAUGGUGCUAUACUUUUUCUAUAAAAAUGUGACCUAUGUCAACCUUCUCUUCUGGUACCAGUUCUUCUGUGCUUUCUCUGGGGCUUCCAUGAUAGACUACUGGCAAAUGAUAUUUUUCAACUUGUUUUUCACAUCUGUACCACCAUUAAUUUCUGGAGUUCUGGAUAAAGACAUUUCUGCAGAAACCCUAUUGAAUCUUCCAGUACUAUACAAAAGUGGACAAAAUUCAGAGAUUUAUAAGCCUCUAACGUUUUGUCUUGCUAUCUUGGAUGCCUUCUACCAGAGUCUCAUUUGCUUCUUCAUCCCUUAUCUAGCAUAUCAGGAUUCUGAUAUUGAUGUUUUCUCUUUUGGAACAAUAGUCAACACUGCUGCCCUUCUUACUAUUCUUUUUCACCAAGCUUUAGAAAUUCAGAUGUGGACUCUGUUCCAUGGGAUCACAAUAAUUGGGAGCAUUUUGCUGUACUUAAUUUUCUCCUCCAUCUACAACGCUACCUGUGUCCUUUGUAACCAUCCCACAAAUCCCUACUGGAUUAUGGAGAUGGCAUUUUCAGAGCCAAACUUUUAUUUCACAAUCGUUAUUGUACCAGUCACAGCACUUCUCCCAAGAUAUCUUCUAUUGGCUCUGCAAGGAACUUUCAAAAUAUCUUGCAUCUUGAAAGCACAACAACUGGAGAAGCUGCCAAAAGCACAACAGCACUGGGAAAUACAGAAAUGGAAGCUGACAGAACAAAGCACAGCAAUCCACAGUAAUGCCCCCAGCCAAUUCAGUGGAAACUUUUGUGAUAAUGCAGCACUUGGGCUUCCUGAGCACAGUGUUCUUCAGGGCCUCUGCCCUCUGCAAAAAGAAAUGCUCGGAGAGCAUUUGACUUCGAAUGAGGAAGCCAAGGAUGAGGCCAAAAGGUGCGUCCAGGAAGAGGUCGGGCAACUUACAGCUGUGGAGCCAUUUCCUGGCCAUCUCCCCCACGAUGCUGAAAGUUCUGCUCAGCAAAGCCAUCGGAGGUCUGUGAGUGCAGUGACUUUGUGAAGGAGGCAGAGCUUUCAAGGGGGAAAAGUAAAAUUGGAAUGCCUUCCAAACACCUGCAGCCACAUUCUCCAUGAAUAAAGUCAGUAGAGGGAAAAUAGAAUUCCUUUUUUAUGUUAAAUAGCAGCAGUGUCUGGAUGGAGAGGCCUAAAAUAAAAUUUCACCAGCAUACUGGGAAAUUGUGUUUUGAUUGUACAGUGUAAGAUAUCUUGGAUGAAUAUAGCUGUAUAUUAAUUAUGAAAAGAAAAGGGCUCAAACAGCUUGAAGGACUAUUGCACAAGAUUUCCUUCAUGGGGUUUGAAAACAGACAAUAUGUGUGGGGAAGGGCUGUUUCUUUUUUCCAAUGAGUUACUUCUGAAUCUGAUCUUAAUCAUGCCACAUUUCUGCCCUGCUGAUGAAUAGGAGCUACAUAGCUUCACACUACAAUAUCUUAAAAUAAAAUGAUCGUGUUUAAAGACAUAAAGAAGUAAGCUAAUAAUCUAGAUAUUUUGUGAGUGGGGAUCCAAAACUGUUCUAAGAUUUUUUUAAAAAAAGAAAUCUGAAAUAUACUGUAUGUAUAUAUGUAAUAUAUGUCGCAUAUAUGUAUAUGUAAAAAACUGCACAUGCCAGGUUGUACUUUAUUGAUCAGAUAGUUGUUUAAUUGUUUUAUGUAACUAGCAACCUUGUGAUCUAAUCCCAUAUUUGGAUGUAAUAUUUGUUGAUUUCUGAGGAAUUAGCAUCCAAGAAGAUAUAUUUUUAAGAUCUUUAUCUUUACUUUGAAUGGGAUGCCAAGUGAUUUUAUUAUAUGGUUGUCUUUAUAUUUAUGUAUCAGUUUUCCCAGUGGAUCUUGAGGUGACAUACAUUUUUCCUAUCCCAUUUUAGAAACCACUGUGUUAGGUAGUUAGGCUGAGAAAUAGUGCCUAAUCAAGGAACUACCAGCUCAGUCAGACAAUCAAGCAGUAAACAACAGCUUAAUC